AAUCCCUCAUUUCUCCUGGAGCUCGGUGGCAGCAGUGCGCGAACUUUCCAGUAUGCAUGUUCACAAGCUGGGAGCUGUUCUCUUUAAACCAGCGGGACUCGCGCAACUUUCUGACUGAACUGCACUCGUUCUUUUUUUCCUGUAAACUCUGGGAGGGAGUUUAACUCUUAUUUGAACAUAUUUUGAUGUCAUUGUCACAGCACCCGAGCGAUUAAAGUUGUCUGAGGUGAGGGAGGGGAGAGACUUCCCCUGUGCAGAAAAUAACUUGUGUAAAAUGUGAGGUGUGUGUGUUGCUUGCUUCAGUCAACGUGAGACCACUGGACAGUUGUCUUCACUUUGCUGACUAAAGUGAUCACGGACAUGAUGUCUUUCAAAGUCCAAUGCAUCUUAGUUUUCUUCACUUUGCACAUGCAAGAGGGAUUAUCAAGGGAUUAUGAAGCACACCUUGGCACAAAUAUUCAUUUACAGAGAAUAAAACGUCAGAGCAAACCGACAAAGCCAGUGCUGAAGGUGACAGACUACCAUGUGAAGUGUUCAGUGGUGUCCCGCUAUGCUGUCACUACAGUCCAGAGCUCAGUGUGGAACCAGCUCUCCAUCAUUAAGGAGGCUGCCUUCGAGGUGGACCUGCCCUCCUCUGCUUUCAUCUCCAACUUCACCAUCACCUCCAAUGGCAAGGUGUAUGUGGCCCAGGUGAAGGAAAGAGCUGCUGCCAGGAAAAUUUACGACGCUGCUAAGAAGCAAGGAAAAACAGCCGGACUUGUCGCUACAAAAGAGCGGGAAAUUGAGAAGUUUCGUGUGGCAGUGAGUGUGCCAUCAGGAGCUCGGAUGUCCUUCUGCCUGUCCUACGAGGAGCUGCUACCUCGUCGACUGGGCCGCUACGAGCUCAGUUUAGGUCUGAGGCCGGGACAGCUUGUGCAGAACCUCACGUUAGAUGUUGAUGUAACAGAAAGGACAGGCAUUAGUUUUAUUAAAGUUCUUCCUCUCAAGACAAGCCGACUGCUGUCCAACACUGCUCAAGGAGAUACAGAGGCUCCUUCUUCCACUCGUGUUGAGAGGAGUGCUGGCUGUGCUCGUGUUAACUACAGUCCGACUCUACAGCAGCAGAACAGUAUUUCCCCCAAGGGUCUUAAUGCAGACUUCAUUAUUCAGUAUGACGUGGACCUCAGAGACCUUAUGGGUGACGUCCAGGUGUAUGAUGGCUACUUUGUGCAUUACUUUGCACCCAGAGGCCUUCCUGUGGUUCCUAAGGAUGUUAUAUUUGUCAUUGAUGUCAGUGGCUCAAUGAUAGGCACCAAGAUAAAGCAGACCAAACAGGCCAUGAGCACCAUUCUUGGGGACCUUAGAGAAGGAGACCACUUCAACAUCAUCACCUUCUCAGACAAGGUUCACACUUGGAAGAAAGGUCGAACAGUGCGAGCAACUCGGCAGAAUGUACGAGAUGCCAAAGAGUUUGUGAAGAGGAUUAUCGCAGAAGGAUGGACCAAUAUCAAUGCAGCUCUGCUUUCGGCUGCCCAACUUGUCAACCCUCCAUCCUCUGGAUCUUCCAGCCACCUCUCAUCCCAUCGUGUCCCUCUGGUAAUUUUCCUUACUGAUGGGGAAGCAACCAUUGGAGUAACAUCUGGUGACACCAUCCUCAGCAACGCCAAGAGGGCUUUGGGCUCAGCCUCUCUGUUUGGCCUUGCAUUUGGAGAUGAUGCAGACUUCCUUCUUCUGAAACGCCUGGCGCUGGAUAACCGAGGUGUAGCCAGGAUGGUGUACGAGGACGCAGAUGCAGCCUUGCAGCUGAAGGGCUUCUAUGAUGAAGUAGCCAGCCCUUUGCUGUCAGACAUACAGCUGUCUUACUUGGAUGAUCAGGCGUUUGACAUCACUCGCUCCCUGUUCCCCAACUACUUUCAAGGCUCUGAGUUGGUUGUGGCUGGCAGGGUUAAAGCAGGGGUCAAAGAUUUAAAGGUGUCAGUUUCAGCUACUGAUUCAAAACAGCGCAUGAAGGUGGAGAAUGAUGUGCUCAUUUCCCAUGCAAAGGGUAAUGGGAGUGCAGAUUCACUAAACUGUUCCGGAGGUUUAGAAGGGAUCUCCAGCUUUGUGCAUCGUCUCUGGGCAUAUUUCACCAUCAAAGAGCUGCUGCUGGCCAAACUGAAUGCUACAGAUCCUGCAACUCAAAGGCUACUGGCAGACAAAGCUACCAACCUCUCUCUCAAAUACAACUUUGUAACACCAGUCACUUCUUUAGUUGUUGUUAAGCCAGAUGCAGAUGAAGCAGCUCCAACUCCAACCACGGCUAAACCCACUACUGCUGUGACAAUAACCACAACAGCAACGACUACAGCUAUCACCAAAAUAUCAGCUGCAGGUGCUGCAAAGAAGCCAAGCUCACCAUCUAACCCCAGGCCUAGCAAAACAAAGCCAGACCGGCCUCAGCCACCUCCAAAUACCCUCCAACCUAAAAAACCCUCAUCGCCAACUUCCACAGCAAAAACUGUGCUUUCACCAUCGAAAAAAUCUACUACAACCUCAAGUCCCAACUCAACCAAAACUGGCCCAGCACCAAUCUCUGGUAAAAAGCCCACUCCUUCCCACAAUGAUUCCAAAACUGCCUCUCCUCCUCCAGCUGGAAAAAUAUCCACUUCUCUGCUUAAUGUUCUGAAAACGGCUUCCCCCCCUGCACCUGGAAAAGUCUCCACACCCAUACCCAACACCAUGAAAACAACAAUCACCACAAUGCCAACAUUCACCACUAGCACCUCACAGCCACUCAGCUCCAUCAGAACUGAGUCUGUUACAUUUACCCAGCAGCCCAGUACGGUGAGGUCAGCUCCUCCUCCUGUCAAAGUGACUGAUUCGUCCACAGAGGCAGACAACAGAACCACAUCUGCUGCACAUGUUCAUCAUCCUGAAAUCACCACCUCCCCACCCGAGCUGCCGUCUGCGCUCACUUCUCCCACCCCAGCCCCAGCUCCAGCUGUGGAGGGCAACAACACAAACUCAGAUGUCGAAACAGACCAGAGCAUCGCCACCCUAGUGUCUGCUACCUUUGCUCCUAUGCCUGGGGUAACAGAUGGGCCACGACUGUGGGAGGCAGCGGGCCUUCUGGAUGUCUCUACUUCCAUUCAGAUUCAGAGAAAAGAUAUUGAUCUUGUGAAAGACUACGAUGCAACCUAUGACUAUGACUAUGACCUCAGCUAUGAUGCCUGGGAUGAUAAUGCAGACACUGAGUCAUUUGGUGUGCUUGGGAGUGAGGAGGACUGUCCUUUAGUUGAAUGUCUUGUGCUUUUAGAACCUCCAUCCAGACUGAGCACCGUCAGGGUCUUCUCCUCUUCAGUUGAUGGAGAUCCUCAUUUUGUGGUUCAGCUACCAAAGCUGCAUCAGAACCUGUGUUUCACAGUAGACGGCAGGGCUAAUGACGUUCUCAGGCUGUUGGAAGAGCCAGAAAGAGGGAUCAUUGUGGACGGCCGCCUAACAGGGGCUCCCUCCAAGCACGGCGUUGAAGACCGCUCACGAACCUACUUUGACCAGCUCACCAUCUCCACAGCCACAGGCAUCUCUGGAGACAUCAUGAUAACGCUGUCAUUGGACGCAGUCGUGGUGGAGGGUGAAGGACGGGAUGCCAUUCCCAUCAAUCAGCAGGGAUCGGUGACGAGGCAGGGCGUCACGGUUACCGUUGACAACCAUCGGAGCUGCUGGAUCGAGCUGGCCAAAGGUGUUCGGUUUCUGGUCCUGUUCCACCACUAUAAACAUCCCAGCUACCUGCAGAUGGCUCACCUGGGAUUUUAUGUCACAGAUGGACGGGGGCUUUCUGACUCAACCCAAGGCCUACUGGGCCAGUUUCAGCAUGCUGACAUGAGUGUGUCAGUGGUGAAGGACCAUCUGGAUGGAGGAGCUCACCGCGCAAACAAGGAAGACAUUUUAGCCAGAGGGAUCCUAAAGUGGGGAUCAGAGCACAUGCCGGUCACCUUGCAAGACAAGACACUGAAGGACUCUGUGCGAAAACGCCACCUAGGCAAGUGUUGGGUGGUGCCCAAGGCAGAGGUACAGAGACUUCUGGGUCAUUCAUAUGAGAGCUAUGUGGUGAAUCAUGCGUAACUCUAGCUGAGUCAGCUCCACCUUGUUGUCUCUCUGCUGCACGGCUCAGGUCACAGCAGUUAUCAUGGCUUUCAGACAAAGGACGAACCAAAACUGGGACCCAACCGGGCUAAAAUGACACAUCGCCACAGUUGCUGAAUGAGAUUCUGUAGGGAACACAGGUGUGGUUACAAAAGAGGGUGUGACAGAUUAGAGACUGCAGCGAGACAGAAAGAUGGAUAUGAAGGAAUAAUGAUGUGUGGUUGUACGAAUAUAGUGAAGGACUGAAUGGUGCCUCUGUGCCUUCUCUAUCACUGAAUUUGAACUGGAUUCAAGCUCUGUGUUGUGUAUCUAUGACAGAGAUGCAAUGUUCUCCCGGUUGCAUAGCAACUACAAAAUGUUCAUUUGUGCUGCAGCAGUUUGCGCUUGCUCCAAAAUGUCUUGCACGCUAACUCUGUUCACAAGUUAUCGGAUUCUUCUUAUAUUCCAUCAUGGGGUGAUUAUUAGUCAAAGCCUUCUCUUUCCGAAUCAUUUGUAAUUAAUAAAAACUGUAUCAUUUUGUAAGGUGUAUUUUUUAGUACAGUGUAUAUAAAAUUUUAUUGUAUGUAUGUAUAGAUAAUCUUCCCACAUAGUGUUACUCACCUGGGAAAUCAUGAUUACAUCUUCAAACAGAAACACAAAUCCAGGUUUGCCAUGUGCUUUUUAUUUUUCUAUCAUUUCAUUCAUAGUUUAAUUCAUUUUAUUUGUUACACAAGACAUUAGGCAUUGUUCACAUACUAGUGAUCAAACAAGGACAGUAAGUUUUCUACUACUCAGCCUGAACUAUUUCUUUUGUCAAUUUCAAGGGAUAUUGUCAAUAGUGGUUUUCAAAGGCCAUACUGGAUGGAAAUUAAAACAGUACAACCACA